UGUGUCAUUCUCAAUCAUUCUUUCAAACACCAUAGCAUGACUGCCGUAGUGAGCGUGUGUGCUUUUUAGUACAACGCAGUCGAUCAAUAUGCGCGGAUCAGAAGUUCAGAUGUAAUAUCGAAGUUCCCUGUUUAAUUAGUGAUCCUCCUUUGUUUCGUUGAUCGAAACAGGUACUCAAUCUUCUCAACAGAUGGUCUACCCGGCAGCAAUGUUCUCCAAUAAGAACUACAAAAUAUUGACCUACUUCUUUGGCUGUAUACACAUUUUCCUAAUUUUGGUCAUUUUGAGCCAGGCAGCCGUUCCAAUCGUAACUGAUUGGAUAGCAGCAGUUUCCGUUCUUACGCCAUGUGCCUUGAAUAUUGUAUUCACCCUGUUUUGGAUGAUCGGAGCCGGAUUGAGACGACCAAGCAUGAUCACCAUUUUCAAAACCUUCUGCUAUGGACAAAUGACCGUGCUGGCAGCUCUGGUCGUUUGGUUGAUAGUGCAGUGUUUUCUCGAGGGCGGUCAAUUCCAUAUUUACAUCAUGAUUUUCAUCGUGCUCUCUUUGUUCGUUUUCUCUAUGAUAGAAGUUUUCGUGGCGACUGGAACGCAUAACGCGGUGCUACAGGAACUCAUGGGAUCUCGUAUGAGGGCCGUCGAAAUGACUGAGUGGAACAAUUGAUGGGCGGUGAUGUUAGCCCUUUCGUGAUUGUGACUAUCGAAGUGCCGCAUUUAUUCAAUCUAAGCUUUAUUAUACUGAGCAUGCACAAUCAAACGCAGAAGGAAAAAUAUAGCUUUAAUUACUGUGCUUCUUAGAUGUCAAACAAUA